AUGUUCAAGAAGAAGCCAAACAUCAAACCGCUCUCGCCGAUCAAAAACUCGGAGCGCCGCAAGCUCGCCGACCAGAUCAUCGCAGACCUAGGCCUCGAAGUGCCGCCACCGCCCGCCGAUGUCGACCCUGCCGACAAGGCCGCCGCGACGGCCGGCCUGACGAACCUGCGCAACGCCCUGCUGCCCGACGGCUCGCUGUCGGCGCGCUUCACCACCACCGCCGGCCCGGACCUCAAGCAGGUGUCGGGCACCGUCUACGUCGGCGCGCCCGCCGGCAGCACCGACAACCGCGUGCUGUGGGUGCGCCUGGACGACAAGAUGCACCCGACCGUCUACACGCUCUGGCGCAACCCGGGCAUCGUGCCGCUGCUGCACACGCCCGGCUUCGUCGUCGAGAAGAUCCAGGGCGGCGCCGACCUGAUGACGCCCGGCCUGCAGAACGGCCCGCCGUUCCCGCAGAAGGCGAAGAAGGGCGCCGUCGUGGCUGUCGCGAGCUUGGAGAAUCCGACGGUGCCGGUUGCGGUGGGUGUGUGCGAGAUCGAUGUCAGCGCGCUGCAGCAGGUGCAGGGGUUGAAGGGCCACGCCGUGAGGUCUGUGCAUUGGGCGGGCGAUGAGAUAUGGGCGUGGAGCACAUCCGGAAAGGAGGGCACAUCACCACCAGAGCAUCUGGAUGGGUGGUACAGUGAGGAUGCAGAAGUUGAGGCGGUGGCGGACCAACUAGAAGGCACGGAUUUGAAGGACGUCGAAGAUGGUGGCGUGCAGCUGGAUCCUCAGGUACCAGCCGAAGGUGCGGACGGCGAGGCCGUCUCGAAGGAAGAGAAGUUCGAGUAUGCGGAGGAUCAGGAGUUGACCACCAAAGAAAUCGACGAGGCUUUCAAGAAGGCCUUCAUAUAUGGAGUUUACCAACACAUGGAGACCAACAAGAGCGAGCCCAAUCAUGGUCUCUCCUUUCCGCUUUCUCAAUCCUUCGUCAUGGCCAACCUCGUCCAACCUUUCCUCCCCGCAUUCACACCCAAGCAAACCGCCUCUCUCCAAAUAAAGAAAACGUCCUUCAAAAACAUCAAAAAGUUCAUCAAGUCUCUAGACAAGUCACAAUUGAUCAAAUCUAAAGACCGGGACGGCAACGAGGUCGUCAUCCUCGACAUCGACUUCAAAGAUGCAGCAAUCCGAGAAUUCAAGCCGUACCGCCUCCCUAAGAAGGACACAGCGGGAGGCGGCAGCGCAGGUCGAGGCACCACAGCCACAGCAACGGCCGGCCCUGGCGGCGAGGACUCGUCCAUCGGACAGAAGCUCAAGAAAGUCGAGCUUUUCCGGCCAAAGGAGAAGCUGGCGCCGCUCUUCACAGCGGCCAGCGCCGACCCGCGCGGCCUCUACACGGCCGCCGAGCUGCGGCCCGUCGUCACGGCGUACAUCGAAGCCGAGAAGCUCGUCUCGCCGACCAACAAGCGCAUGGUCACGCUCGACCCCGUCCUCGCCAACGCCGUCUUCGACGGCUCCGCGCGCACCGACAAGGAGGUCCUGGCCAAGGGCGCGGCGCCGCGCGACGCGCUCGUCGACCGCGUGCUGGCGUCCUGCGCGCCCUUCUACGCCAUCCUCCGCAACGACGAGACGGUCGCGACGGCGAAGCAGCCCAAGGCCGGCGCCGCGCCCAAGGUCAACAUCACGCUCGAGACGCGCAGCGGCAACAAGACGGUCACCAAGACCAGCGGCGUCGAGCCGUACUUCAUCAACCCCCAGGCGCUGGCCGACGAGCUGCGCAAGGCGUGCGCCAGCAGCACCAGCGUCGAGCACAAGGUCGGCAGCUCGCCCAAGAACCCCGUCAUGGAGGUCAUGGUGCAGGGCCCGCAGAAGGACGCGGUGCUGAAGGCGCUGGAGAAGAGGGGCGUGGCGAAGGGGUGGGUCGAGAUCGUGGAUAAGACGAAGAAGAAGAAAUGA